GCAGGAAGUCAUGUCAACACAGCAUUUCCCACCCUAGCAGUCAUGGCUCCCCUUUCGGGGAAUGAAGCUGAUCACUUACGAGAUAAAUCCCGCAGGGACUUGUUGGAUCUGCUCGAAGGUGUUCGCGGGAAGAAGAACCUCGUCAUCAGCAAAGACCUGGCUGGUCCGGUCGGUCUGUUUGUGAAGUUUUCUGUUCUACAGGAAUACGGAGUGGACCGUGUAUUUUUGCUGGAAAACGCCAAUAUUGAUAGUUCGCAGCGUAAUGUGGUCUUUUUGGUACAUGCCGAGAAGGUCAACCAGGUAGCGACUGCUGCUGGUCAGAUCAAGAAACUGCGCCAGACUAGCAGUGUAGAACACGACAUCUCCAUAUUCUGGGUUCCCCGUCGAACUCUUGUAAGUAAUACUAUCUUAGAGGAAGCGGGCAUCAUAGGCGAUGUAAACAUCGCCGAGCUGCCAGUCUACUUCUUGCCAUUAGAGCAAGAUGUUUUGUCCCUGGAGCUUGAUGACGCAUUUGCCGACCUAUACUUGCACAAAAAUCCUGCAAGUGUGUAUUUAUCGGCCAAAGGGCUGAUGAAUAUUCAGCGACGCCAUGGGUACUUUCCACGUAUCACAGGCAAAGGAGACAAUGCUAAAAAAUUGGCUGAUCUUCUGGUGCGUAUGAGGAAAGAAGUUGAAGCAGGGGAGACUUCAACCUCGGGCCCCGAGUACGGCAAUAAGCUUCCAAGCUCUUCAAUUGACGAACUUAUUAUUAUUGGCCGAGAAGUCGAUUUUGCAACACCUCUUUUGACGCAACUCACUUAUGAGGGGCUGAUAGAUGAAUUCGUUGGAAUACAGAACAACCAAGCUGAAGUUGAUUCCGCCGUUGUCGGUCCCGCUUCGCAACCCACACAAGGAUCCUCUGCUACUGCUCAACCGGCACGACCGGGUCUGAAACGUAAGAUUCAGCUUGAUUCCUCGGAUCAGCUGUUCAGUCAACUACGAGACACCAAUUUCGCUAUUGUUGGCGACAUCUUGAACAAGGUUGCCCGAAGACUAGAGUCAGACUAUGAAACUCGGCAUACAGCGCAGACAACAGCUGAAUUGCGAGAAUUUGUCAAUCGCCUCCCUGCCUACCAGCAGGAGCAUCAAAGCCUGAAGGUCCACACAAAUCUAGCCGAGGAUAUUAUGCGCCAGACCCGCUCUGACAUAUUCCGUAAAGUUUUGGAGGUCCAGCAGAACCAUGCCGCCGGCGCAGACCCAAGCUACCAACACGAAAAUAUAGGCGAACUUAUCGCUCGCGGCGUUCCACUAAAGACCGUCCUACGUUUGUUGUGUCUAGAGUCAUGCAUGUCUGGGGGUCUCCGGCCCAAAGAUCUCGACCACUUCAAACGCGAAAUCUUGCAGGCAUACGGCUAUCAACAUCUUCUCACAUUCCGUGCCCUCGAGAAAAUGGAGCUGCUUCAACCUCGAGGCUCCGCAACUGCCAUGCUUCUGCCGGGUGCGGUCGGCGGCAAUGUUGCCGGCACAAAAACUAAUUACAGCUACCUCCGCAAAAACUUGAGACUUGUUGUUGAAGAUGUUAGCGAAAAGGACCCAAACGAUAUCUCUUAUGUUUAUAGUGGAUUCGCACCAUUAUCAAUCCGACUAUUCCAAUGCAUCCUGCAAAAACCAUACAUUGUCUCUCUUAUCAAAGGCGGUCCACCUUCAUCCGUCUCAGUACCAACAGCCCAGAUCAACACAUCAACAACAUCAUCUCCAGGAUGGAUUGGAUUUGAAGAUAUUGCCAAAUCUGCUCGCGGUGCCACAUUCAGUAUUGUGCAAAAGGGUGAUGAAAAGGCCGCCAGAGCGAGACAUACACUGAUUUCUGGCGGCAGUUCUGGAAGCAAUAAGAAAACUGUUUAUAUAAUGUUCCUUGGUGGAAUCACCUUCACCGAAAUCGCAGCAUUGCGAUAUAUUGCCGCCCAGGAAGCUAUAACGAGGAAGCUGGUCAUUUGCACAACUGGCAUCAUCAGCGGAGAUCGGAUGAUGGAUGCUGCCAUUGAGAAGGGAACAUUUGGAAGAAAGGAGCAAACACAGCACAGUGUUGCUGCUAUUUAGGUCUAUAUGAGAUAUUUUUCCAUGGAUCUGGCACGAAUCUGUAUUUCUCGUAGCAUGGCGUAGAAUUAUUCAACUGUCUCAUUAUAUGCAAUAUCACUCUACUUGAUUUAUAUUUUCAUCGAAUAAAGCGUGGCCAUUAUCACGUCACAAACUAUGCUUAAAUAGG